UAGUUUUUGGUUAAGUCGUGGUGAAAAUUUGUUUCGUCCCGACUAAUCGACGUUGGAGCCUUUCGGCUGUUCGUAAUUGAAAGAGAAAAAGGAGCAACGGUGGCACCUUUUCCUCUCUUUCAAGUAACGACUUCACCGCAAGUUGAAAGAUAAUUUGCUCUCAAAUACAAUAUGAUUUUCAUAACGACCAGCCUUCUAUUUUCUCACGACUUCUGUAAAAAAAAAAACAAAGGAUCAGCUGAUCGGCCGAUCAGCUGAUUUCUAUGAUUGUACUACCGCGUGUAUUUUUAACCGGAAGAGAACCUAAGGACGUUGAAAUUGGCGAGGAAAAUGAUCACUCGCGUAGUAAAGUAUUAAUUGUGACCUUCAUGAUAUCCGUAAGAAAUUCACAAGGUGUUGAUUGAAAAACAAAAACAAUUGCGAACAAUAUUUGUUUAUAGAAGUUUGGACGAAAAAGAAUACUUUUAAGAUGGCUGCUUUAUCGUUGCCGAGCGCAAAGAGGAGCACACAGAUUAGAAAUAUGCGGCAAGGCAGCGUGAUAGAUCUCGAUGCCGAUAUGUUUCUCAAGAUAUCCAAUUACGAGGAUACCGUUAAACAACUGGACAUAUACUAUGGGAUAGUUAAGAGACAGUUGUUGCGCCAUCAGAGUUGUAUAACAGGUCUGUUUCCGCAGAUCACGACUGACAGAAAGGUUGGUAGCGUGCGCGAAAGUAUAUAUUGCGCUGCCGCGAUAUGGAGCCUCUAUCAGGCGUAUAGGCGCAUAGACGACGAUCGUGGCAAGUCGUACGAACUCGGACAGUCCGCGAUCAAAUGUAUGCGGGGUAUUCUGGAGUGUUGGGUAAAGCAGUCCUCCAGAGUGGAACUCUUCAAGAGAAAUCAGUGCGAUCGUUUUGCGUUACAUUGCAAAUUUCACUUGGACACAGGCGAUGAAGUUUACAAGGAUGCCGAUUAUCAUCACUUACAGAUCGACGUCGUGUCUCUUUACUUGAUAUUCCUGGUGCAAAUGAUCUCCUCCGGGCUGCAAAUCGUGUACACGCAAGACGAGGUAGCCUUUGUGCAGAACCUGGUGUACUAUGUCGAGAGAGCGUAUCGUACACCGGAUUACGGCAUGUGGGAACGUGGAAGCCGAUACAACGACGGUACACCCGAGAUCCAUGCCAGUUCUAUUGGAAUCGCCAAGAGCGCAUUGGAGGCAAUCAACGGCUGCAAUUUGUUCGGAGAGAAAGGUGCCUCCUGGUCGGUGAUAUAUGUCGAUAUCGAUGCUCACAAUCGUAACCGCAGUAUCUUUGAGACGAUGCUUCCGAGAGAAUCUAGUUCUAAGAGCGUGGAUGCAGCUUUAUUGCCGACAAUAUCCUUCCCCGCCUUUGCGACUCACGAGGAGGUGUUGUACAACGAAACUAAGAUGAACAUAAUCCGCAGGCUGAAAGGCAAUUAUGGCUUCAGGCGAUUCGGUAGGGACGGUUACAAAACAGUAUUGGAGGAUAGGCAACGACGGUACUACAAGUCCGGGGAAAUCAAGGAUUUUGACAGUAUCGAGAACGAGUGGCCGUUGUUUUACAUCUUCAUGAUAAUAGACGGCGUAUUCAAGAGUCUGCCGGAGCAAGUGGAGGAAUAUCAGAAUUUACUGAAAGCGAGAGUGCACAAAGAUCAGAAUGGAGAUCCUGUAAUUCCCAUGUAUUAUUACGUACCGGAGGAGAAUUUGGAUGCUGAGAGAAACGAGCCGUGCAGUGCUUAUCGGCUGCCCAGCGACGAAGGGAGAGGUUACAGAGGAUCCGCGGAUCACGAGGUCGCGCCGAUGUACCUGUGGAAUCAGGCCAUGUUUGUGAUCGCGCAGCUACUUACCGCUGGUCUCUUGCAUAUCAACGAAUUGGAUCCGAUCCGUCGAUACCUACCGUCGUAUAAUCGUCCGAGACGAGCGGGACGAUACUCUGCUUUUCAAGCAAAACCGAGCAUUGGCACUCACACCGAUCUAGUGGUACAAAUAGUUUUGAUCGCAGAAUCUAUGCGAUUGCAAGCUAUGAUGGCCACGUACGGCAUUCAGACACAGACGCCGCACGAGGUCGAGCCCGUGCAGAUUCUGUCGUCCACCCAAUUGGUGAAGGUUUACCAAAAGUUAGGUGUGAAUAACAAGUUGAAUCUUCAAGGACGACCCGCGCGACCUAUAGGUUCUCUAGGCACAAGCAAGGUAUACAGGGUCUGCGGUAUGACGGUGCUCUGUUACCCUCUCAUCUUCGAGGUCUCCGAAUUUUAUCUGUACAGAGACAUGGCUUUGCUGAUUGAUGAUAUAAAAACAGAGCUGCAAUUCGUAGGCAAGUACUGGCGUCUCUCUGGUCGACCCACCGUAUGCCUUUUGAUACGGGAGGAACACAUGCGUGAUCCGCAGUUUAAGAAGAUGUUGGAUCUUUUCGCGAUGCUGAAGAAAGGCUACUGCGACAAGACAAAAGUGCGCAUCGGCAGACUGCAAAAUCUAAUUUCGUCCUCUUGCAUCGAGCAUUUGGAUUUCGUGAACACCAUGGAAACCGAUCUGGACUUGACACAGUUUAAACAACUGCAGCACGACUACAUAGGCUACCAAAGCCUGACGGAUGUCCCGAAAGCUUUCGCCUAUACCGAGGAUGUCAAGGAUUACUCUUGUAUGGCGAGUGAACCUCUGAACGAUAUAUUGAGCGAGAUUCGCAAUAGCGUUGGCUUAUACGCCAAGUGUCAACUGUACGGGAUCUUGAUAAAGCGAGAGGGCAUUAAUUACGAGAUUAACGGGACGACAGUCCGCGAUUAUUUAAGAGCAUUAUAUCAACAAGCCGGCUCCUUGAGAUUCUGGAUGGCCGUGCGUUAUUGCAGCAGUUUAUUGAAUCACACGGUCGACAGCAUUAGUCCAUUCAUCACGGGUGUGCUGGUCAAAGGAAAACAGAUCGCGGUAGGAGUGAUCGGACAAGAAGAAACUGUGUUCGAUAAGCCGAUGACGCCGGCGGAAAUACAAUCGGUCAUGUAUUCGACGAUACAGCCGCACAACACGGUGCAAGCGGUGCUCCAGCAGGAAAUUCUACUCUACUGCGGUCGAUUGAUCGGCACCAAUCCCAAGAUGUUCAAAGGGAUACUGAAAAUACGUAUCGGCUGGGUGUUGGAAGCAAUGAAGCUCUAUCUGCAAAUGUUCGUGAAAGAUACCAAGCCGAUCGAGAACUACAGUCCUUACGAAGUUCGGCAGUUUCUCAUCAAGGUGUUGACUGUCAAAGAAUGGGCUCGUGCGGAAAACCUGACGGUGCUCGGUCGGCGAAAAAUCGAGGGUUGCCUGUGUAGAGUGCCGGCGCAUUUUUACAAUCAAGUAUGGGAAGUUUUGAUGCGCUGCCCCGGCGGUAUCGUCGUGAACGGACGAGAAUUGCCUCAGCAGCCCACUGUAUCCAACAUGACUCGUUCCGAGCUUACGUUCGCCCUACUCGUGGAGUCCUUGCUACAUCACGUACAAUUGCCAGAGUAUCGCCAAAUCGUUGUCGAACUUCUGAGCAUCGUGUCGACUAUCCUGCUUCGAAAUCCGGAAUUGAGUUUCCAGAAGCAGCUGGACCUUAACCAACUCGUGGAGGAUAGCUUUGUCAUGUAUCGCAAGGAUCACAAUUUGUCGAAUUUCGAAGAGAAAUCGUCAUUCUUCUCGGCGCACUACUCUGUGACCACUGGGUAUCUCGCGAGGGCUGUAGUCAACAACGUUCUUACUGGUGGUUGCGUCACGACUAUUCUAGACACCAACGAUGACUCCCGAGAGAUGUGCAAGGUCACGUAACGAAUCAUAAUUAGACCCGAGAGACUGUUACCAAACAGUCGUAUGUAGAACAACCAAGUGUUAUCACGUAAUAUGUGAAUACAAAGUUCCUCUGAAUAAUAACGGAUAUAUAUUU